UUGAACUAAGUGUGUCGAAAUUAAUUUUUAUAAUUAUAAUUUUAUAUUUUUUUGGAGUUUGGCAUUUCUUGUAAUAAAAAAGAUAAUGAAGCCUUUAUGCACCUGCAUUUCCGGACGGACUGUUUAUAAAUAUAUCCAGUUAAAGCGGCAUUACAGGCGAUAUGUUUCAAAAAUGUUCCAGACAUUUGGAAAACUUCAACCACCAGGGACAUCUUAUUCUUGUAAAAGCCAAAAGUUGAUGCUGUACAAUGAUGUCAUUGAACCAUGUCAUACAGGAACAUAUCAUUUACUGCCAUAUGGAUUUCGAGCAUUUGAAAAACUCUUGAAAGUAAUUGAUAGAGAAAUGCAAGCGAUUGGAGGACAGAAAAUGGCAAUGCCAUCGUUGGCUCAAGCUGCUGUUUGGAAGACUUCAGGAAGAUGGGAUUUGGUGGGUGCAGAACUGUUCAAGCUCAAGGAUAGACAUGAGAAUGAAUACUGUCUUGGUCCAACCCACGAAGAACUUGUGACAAAUUUGUUUGCAUCCAUAUCGCCUAUUUCACACAAACGACUUCCAAUUAUGCUCUAUCAGAUCACAAAAAAGUUUAGAGAUGAAAUGAAUCCAAAGUACGCUUUACUUCGGUCAAGAGAAUUUGAAAUGAAAGAUAUGUAUACAUUUGAUUCGACUGAGACGAAAGCAAUGGAAACAUACGAACAGGUGUGUGAAGCAUAUUGUCGGAUAUUUGAUACACUCAAAGUUCCAUAUGUAAAAGUUGUUGGAGCAACUGGCAAAAUUGGAGGAAAACUAUCUCAUGAAUUUCACUUCCCAGCAUCUAUUGGAGAAGACUCCAUUUUUGUAUGUGAAAAAUGUGGGUAUGGCAUCAACAGUGAAAUGACAAGCGAACUGCAAGAUAAAGAGAAUGUGAUUGAAAGUUGUCCCACGAGAAGUAACCACUGUGGCUUGAAACCAACACCUGGAAUUGAGGUUGGUCAUGCAUUCCUGCUUGGUACAAAGUACUCUGCAAUUUUUAAUGCUCAUUGUCGGAACUCAGCUGGCCAGAUUGAAUUGACUUACAUGGGCUGCUUUGGUCUUGGUGUGACAAGAAUUUUACAAGGCUGCAUUGAAGUCCUGUCAUCAGAAAAACAAAUCCGUUGGCCUCAGAUCAUUGCUCCAUAUCAAAUCUGCAUUAUUCCACAAAAAGAAGGGUAUUUGGCAAAGGAAUUCUUUGAGAAGGCAUUACAACUCUGUGACUCCCUGUCCCAAUAUCCUGGUGUUAAAGAUGAAGUUGUCAUUGAUGACAGAAUAUGGAUGACUGUGGGAAAACGACAGUAUGAAGCUACACGAAUGGGUUACCCAUUUAUCAUUGUUACAGGAAAACAGACUCUGGAGAAACCAAGUGUGUUUGAAGUGAUAGACACAACAAAUGACGAAACUCUGUUUCUCACUACUGAUCAGAUUUGUGAUAAGAUGUCAGCUGUAAAGACAGUGUGACCUCUAUAAUACAAGAUGGAUAUAAUGAUACAAACAUGUAUUAUAUUAUAUAUGGACAAAUGAAUAUGAGACUCGGGCACAGCGGAAGCAAGUAGACAUUGGGGGGCUGACUGAGAUCGAGGGUGGAAAGCAAAGUUUCUAGGGUUUUUGCAGGUAUGCUUCCCCAGAAAUAUUUUAAAAACUAGAUGUCCUGAAAUGCAAUUUCCUGCAUUCUACAAGUAAAAUUCAUCUCUGCCUUAAGAUUUACUACCAAUAAUAUUUUUGUUUCAUAAUUAUUGGGAUGGGGGGGGGGGGGGGGGGGGGGGGGGGCUAGAGCCCCCCUGCUCCACCGUGCCUGAGAUUACAUACAAGGCUGUGAAAUACAAAACUAUUUGAUACAAGUUUGGGUGAUACUAAAUUGUAUGAUACAAGCCUGUGUAAUAAAAAAAAAAUUGUUUGAUACAAGCCUGUGUAAUACAAGACUAUGAUACGUGUUUGAAUAAUAUGAAACUAUGAUAACAGUCUGUGUAAUAUAAAACUGUGUGAUACAAGCCUGUAGAAAUUAAAAACAGCAUGGUACAAGCCUGUGUAAUACAAGACUAUGAUACAUGUUUGAAUAAUAUGAAACUAUGAUAACAGUCUGUGUAAUAUAAAACUGUGUGAUACAAGCCUGUGGAAAUUAAAAACAGCAUGAUACAAGCCUGUGUAAUACAAGACUACUAAUCUGAAAGACUAGCGUAUGUGAUAGUGCACUUUACUUGCUUGGACGAUGUGUUUUUUUACAUGUUUAUUUUUAUUUUUAUUUUCUUACAUCAGAUCUAUGUAUAGUGAGAAAAUGUAUACAUUUACAAUGUCCAGUGAAUUUAGUUUUUAACUGCUUCACAACAGUAUUAUUGUUGUAGGUCCAGAUUGUAUAAGACCCGGUAAAAUAAAUUAAAUCCUGUGUGAAAAGCAUAGUUUAUAACAAUA